UACACCAUUUGCUCUGAAUGUUUUGAAAUUAACGAUUUGUUAAGUUAUGAAAAGCCUGUGAUUAUAUGUAGAUCUACAACCGAAUCUUUUACUGUAAUACAGUAACAUAACAUUACUUCUAUUAGAAACAUUACUUUAAAUGAAUUUGACAAUGAAAAAAGAAAAUGACUGAGGAUAAUGAACUAUUUGCCUGUCAAGUAUCCGACUUUGGAGCACAAAACAAAAAGAGAAUCUCGCUUGGUGGUAGAGAUAUAUUUAUUGUAAAAGUCAGCCAACAGUAUUAUGCUCUUGAUUCAUUCUGUUACCAUGCAGGUGGACCCUUGUACAAUGGUGAUAUUGAGGAUUUUGGUGGAAGAACCUGUAUGGUCUGCCCAUGGCACAAAUACAAAGUUUGUUUAAACACUGGACAAAAUUAUUAUCAGUCAGUUGAUCCUCACAAUCUACAGAAACCUCCAAAAUGGACAGCUGGUGAUGUAAGACAGAGAACUCAUAAAGUUACAGUCAGGGACGGGAGUAUUUAUGUGAAAUUGUCUCCCCUUGAUGGAUCCCUGGAUUCAGAUCACUACAAUAAACAUAAAGACAUUUAAAUAAUUA